AUGGUGUCACCAGAUUCCAAUACAAACUCUAACAACAUUCAUCAAUUUCUCAUUUCAAACCCAACCCACUAUGAAAGUCAACCUUUUGAGGCUUAUGGAGUUGACUUGAGAGGUCUUGGUUCAUACCAGCAUCAGUCUCUCAAUGUACUUCCCACCAUUCAGUCUUUUGGUGAAAGAAUUUCAAGAUCCAUUGAUCUUAUUCAAGCUCCUUCAAUGGCGGAAGAACAAGAACUUAACCAACAUCACCAUAACCAGAAACUUUCACUUUCUUUAGGUUCUGGUUUGCUCUUUCCUUCCUCAACUGAAUACAGAGGGGAAAGAUGUUACUUGGUUUCCGAAGAAGAAUUACAAGAAAAAACAAGAAAAGCUUUUAACCCUUCAGAUUAUUCUUCUUCGUCUUCACUUAACCAAUCUUCUUCCACCUUUUAUGGAACAGAAUCACUCUCGAUAUCAGUAGGUAGUUCGAGGUACUUGAAACCAACUCAGUCUCUUCUUGAAGAAGUAGUUAGCGUCGGUGGGAAGGAUCUUGAUUCAAGCAACAAGUCUUAUGCGUGUAAAUUAUCAUGUUCGGGUAGACAAGGUUCGUUAGGGUUAUGUUCGGAACUAAAAGCAGAAUUAUGCAGUAAUGGGUUGCCAUUUGAGAAACAAGAACUUCAAGCGACAUUAGCAAAGCUCAUUUCUUUAUUAGAAGAGGUGGAGAGAAGAUACGAUCAAUAUUAUCAGCAACUAGAAGAUGCGGUUUCCUCAUUCGAAAUGAAUGCAGGUUUAGGAUCAGGGAAGUCAUACACUGCAUUAGCACUAAAUGCGAUGUCAGGACACUUUUCGAGCUUGAAAGAUGCAAUUUUGUCACAGAUUUAUGCAACCCGAAAGAAAAUCUUGCAAGAUUUACCAAGAAUCAACAUGGGUUUUUCACAACUCAGCUUGUUCGAUAAAGAAAAUAAUAGACACAACCGUAUAGCCCUUCAACAGCUUGGAAUGAUGGCUAGCCCACGACAAACUUGGAGACCAAUUCGUGGUUUGCCGGAGACUUCUGUCAUGAUACUUCGAUCUUGGCUCUUCGAGCAUUUUCUCCAUCCAUAUCCAAACGACAGUGAAAAACUUAUGUUGGCAUCACAGACGGGAUUGUCAAAGAACCAGGUGUCCAAUUGGUUUAUAAAUGCUAGGGUCCGACUGUGGAAACCAAUGAUCGAGGAAAUGUACAAGGAAGAAUUUGCAGAUUCAUCCGAGGAUUCAAACUUGUAA